GUAGAUAGAUAGAUAGAUAGAUAGACGGGUAGGGAAAAGGUUGCUCGGAUGAAUGUGUUGCCGGGGUUUCGAAGAUGCUCGCACGGCGUUGCCUGGUUCUCUGCACCGCGGCGGUAAUGUCCUAUUUUAACCCGGAGAGAACGCUCGCUGCCCCGCAAGAUAACGAUGGUGUGGUCCAGUCCCGGGCCCCGCUCUUGUCUCCUCCCCCCUAUGUUGUGGUUCUGAUCUCGUGUUCCGGAGUCUUCUCAUUCGUCCUUCUGCUGCUGGCCUGCAUGUGCUGCAAGAGAGGAGGCGGCUUUAAUGAGUUUGACAACACUGAGGCAGAGGAGUGUUCUGAGGGAGAGGGCAGCCCUGCUGCGGAGGACAGCAGCUCCUCCCAGUCUCUCCCAGAGGUCUACAUCCUUCCACUGAGCCAGGUCAACCAUCCUUCCACCCAGAAAGAUGGGUCCCAGCAAGGAUUCAGUCGUCAGAACCUGAGCUACCUGCAGGAGAUUGGGGAUGGCUGGUUUGGGAAGGUGAUCUUGUCGGAGAUGUUUUCUGAGCCCAGCCCAGCACAGGCUGUGGUGAAGGAGCUCAGAGUGAGCGCUGGCCCACUGGAGCAGAGGAAGUUCCUGACUGAGGCCCAGCCCUACCGAAACCUCCAACACCCCAACAUCCUGCAGUGUCUGGGUCUGUGCAAUGAGACCCUCCCCUUCCUGCUGGUCAUGGAAUUCUGUCAGCUGGGUGAUUUGAAGCGCUAUCUCCGAGCGCAGAGGAGCUCCGACAGCAUGACCCCUGAUCUUUUGACCUGUGACCUGGUGACCUUACAGCGCAUGGCCUUCGAAAUUACAUCAGGGCUUUUACACCUGCACCAGAGCAACUACCUUCACAGUGACCUGGCCCUCCGAAACUGUCUACUGACCUCUGACCUCACAGUCCGCAUCGGAGAUUAUGGGCUGUCACACAAUCACUACAAGGAGGAUUACUACCUGACCCCUGACAAGCUCUGGAUUCCUCUGCGCUGGGUGGCCCCAGAGCUGCUGGACGAGAUCCACGGGAAUCUGCUGGUCAUCGAUCAGAGCAAAGAGAGCAACGUGUGGUCUCUUGGGGUGACGAUCUGGGAGCUGUUUGAAUUCGGAGCGCAGCCACACAGGCACCUUUCAGACGAGGAGGUCCUAACAUUCGUCAUCAAAGAGAGGCAGAUGAAACUAGCCAAGCCCAGGCUCAAAAUGGCCCGUUCAGACUACUGGUAUGAGGUCAUGCAGUCCUGCUGGCUGCCCUCCUCGCAGCGCCCCCCGGUGGAAAAAAUCCACCUCCUCCUUUCCUCCCUCAUAGCAGCAGAGAGAGGGAUGGGAGCGGUGGAGGAGAGUGAUGAGAGCUUCGAGCAGCGCUGGGAUUGCCUCCGAGCCGAGCCUCUGAACCGCCCGCAGCAGGACAACAAUCUCGCCUUGAACCCUGCCUCCUUCCCCUUGUUGGAGCCAGUGCGGAGCAACACCAGUGGGCAGACGCCCGUCACCAUCGACUUAGACGACAUCCUGACAGUCACUGAGACCAGCAAGGGGUUAAAUUUCGAGUAUCUCUGGGAGCAAGCCCGCCGGGGGCGGGGCCACCUCCCUAAGCCUCUCCCGUUUUCACACCCACUCCCCAUCGCAAACCCCGCCCACCACGGUCAGAUGACCUCCAGAGCUCACAGCCGCCACAGCUUAGACACACCCACCGUGGUGCCUGUCAUCAGCGCCCGAAGCCCGUCAUUGGCCAGCGAGUACUACAUCCGGCUGGAAGAACACUCCCCAAACCCCAACUCCCCACCCCCCACGCACCCUAACGGACUGUCUAUAGCCCCGCCUGUUCCAGAAAAGAGGCAUUUUAUUAAGCUGCAGACUUUCCCGUAUGAGCCCCUAAGGGAUCAUUUUCCUGCUCAGUCCCCACCUCACAGCGGACCGCCCUUGCCUCCCCUCUUCCCGCCCCCUUCUUACCCUCAGUCUACCGAUUCGCUGAAUGCCAGGAUGUUACCUGCUUCAGGCCCUGCUGAACAAGAAAGUAAAGUUACAGCGACAACAAACAGCGACCUGGAACUGACAGAACUGAAGACCACAAACAAAGACCUUGGGCAGAAAAUGACUUCAACUGAAUCAGCAAAAAUACUGACCAGGAAGGCUGUCCCAGUUGAAAUAAUGACCAACAAUGCAGUAGAAAUACUGCCCUUAGGGACUGGGUCAGUUAAUAUAACCCCAAGAGACUAUGCAAUGGUCAAUAUAACUCCUGUCAACCAGUCUCUCUUACAAACCGAGCCCAAACCAAGUGGACUGGUUGAGGUAAUGCCCAAUGAGCGGCCUGCAGAGAAAAGUGGGUGUUUGCCUCCCAGUUUGCCCGAAAAGGGGCGUUUGCUGGACCGGUCUCAUCCUAAAAGUGGGCGUUUCCCGGUCCACUCUCCGCCCAAAACGGAGGCUGAUCUUCCACAGACCCUUCCUUCUAAAUCACUCACAGAAGUAAAAGAGGUUGUAGUCUCAGAGUUAUAUUUGCAUUCCAGACCCCUCCCGCCCCCACCCACAAACCAACCAUUACUCCCUCAAUCGAAGACCGGAUUGGUCAGGCAGGAAGAACGCAGAAAAGGCUCGGAACCGAAUUUGCCUUCUGACUGGUCAGCCAGUGGCAGCGUUCCGGAAGUUUACGACAACAAAAGUUCUACGGAAGUUUGGAAGAAUUUCAGAAACAGACCUCCGUCCUUCACCGGUUCUGCCGGUCUGAGCGGCUCCUCCGAAUACACAGACCCCUUAAUGGGGGUGUCCGUCUCGAACUUUGACCUCUUGGCUUUCCAGCGGCAACGCAGGCCUCACGCCGUCCCUCCCUCUCCCUCUCUCUCCCCUUCUCUCCCUCCUUCUUCCCUUGCUCGCACUUCUCCCCCACUUCCUAUGCCUCCCUCCACUCGUCCUCUACCACUUCCUCUCUCCCCUUCCCUUCCUCCACCUCUCUCCUCACCUCCCCAGCUUCCUCCUGCCUACCAAGGUAAAAUUUCACCUAUAAUUAAUGAGGCCCCUUUAAGAGAGACAGCAACGCACGACAUUGAAGACCAGAACAUCAGUGAAGUAACAGCUGCCCUGAAUAUUGCAUUUUGCCAUUCUCACCUUACAGGAACUCCCAGUUACCCUCUAAGUGUAAAGCCCAACAAGCCUGCAUUGACUGAAAUAGUGACCACAGAACAAACAACGCCCUCCAAGUCACUAAUUAAUGAAGUAACACCUAAAAGCUCAGUUCUAAUGUCUCUAUUUACCGAAGCGACUACCACAGAUCCUUUACUGAAAGAAAAAAUGACCCCUAGUUCAGCACUGGAGGAUAUAGCAUGCAAUAUCAUGUCCACAGACUCUGUUUUGUCCAACAAGACUUUUUUGACGGACGUGACGUCCGGCGAGUCUGACUGGAUGACGUGCGACAAGACUUUUUUGACAGACGUGUCAUCCAGCCAGGCCGAAUGGAUGGACAUAAUGUCCAACAAGACGUUUCUGACAGACAUACCGUCCAACGACAUUCCGACCGAUAAGCCUGAAAGGACAACGAUUGGGUCUAGAGGUUUGACAGACAUUCAGUCUCCCUGUCCAGCAGGGGGUGUCCACAAGGACUUGCCGUCAAGGACCCAAAUAAAGUCUAUAAGAUCAACAGUUUUAACAUCUGGAGACACUAAACUAGAUUCCGGUAUUAUCCCUAAAAAGACUGUAUUCACAGCCAUAUCCGUCUCCUCUCUUGUGAACAAGAUGAGUCUCAGUAGCCCAGUAUCGACAAACCCUGAGCCCACAGCUUCUGCAGAGACAGUAAUAGACUCUGCAUUGAGAGAAAUAACAUCUGAAGACUUUGUAGAGUUUACAAAUCUAACCUCCUCAAAACCGCUUGCGAACGCAGUGAACCUCAAAACAACGCAGCACAAUUCUGUAACCGAACCCAGAGAGUUGGCAGACAUGAAACACUGCGUUCACACAGAUACGGGUUUGAAAGACGCUGUUCCAGAGGAGAUCACAGCCUCUCAAUCACACAAUCCAGGCUGGGACAGACCUGUCUGGACAGAGGCCAGGUGUCGAGGAUCUGUGGAAAUAGUCAUAACACCAUCAGGACCCGAGUCUGAAGAAUACGUCUUGUCGGAAAUCACUCAGAAAGAGUCUGUCAUUUUGACAGACGAUACACUGACAGGUGUAGCAUUAAGUGAUUUAGAACUGACAGCUGUCAAAUCAAAAGACUGUGCACUGACAGGUGUUAAUCCCAGCGAAGGUGUAUUGACAGAUGCUGAACUGAAAGACUGUGUAUUGACAGGUGUUAAUCCCAGCGAAGGUGUAUUGACAGGCAUUGAACUAAAAGACUCUGUAUUGACAGGUGCAGAGCACCAGUAUUCCCUCUCUCUGACUUCCUGCAAUUCCACACUGACAGAAAUUCUUCCCAGUACCCUUUUAUUGACUGAGGACACAGCCCACACCCCUGGCUUGGCAAAAUCACCACAAACAGACACUGCACCAAUAGUGGCCAAGGACUCUGUAGAGGUACAGACUGGAAUCACUUCUGCACAUUCAGCACUAAAAGCGACCGAGCCCACUGCUGUGGCAGAAGCGACUGCGUUGGAAGGAACAAAACAAACCCUGGAGCUGGAAAUAUCCGAUCCUGGGAAGGAAACCGAGUCCGGCAAUGCUUCUUCGACCGAACUCUCCCUCCCACUCGCAGAUCUGACCCCCUCACAGAUUUUGCCGUCAAACCAGCCUGAAAAAGAGCCUGCAGACUCGACUUACAUAGCAUCAAGCCACCAGCCUGUCGCAGAUUCUCUCGGGUUGAAAGCGACCCCAUCAGAACAGUCGUUAACAAAAUCCCUUAACCUGUCUUUGACCGACGUUGCGUUCCCUAGUUUGACUCCCUCCCAGUCUCUCCUGUUUUUGGAUGUUACCCCUUCAGACCAGUCCCUCUCCUUCCCAACCCCCACCGACUCCGGCUUCUCCCCCCUCUCCUCCUCCCUGGACUGCCUGACCCCUGCAGACCCCCCAGAGGGGACUGGGGACUUUCGGAUGCUGGGAGCCGACACCCCCCAUCGGGACUCUGCCUAUUUCUCGGACGGAGAGAGCGAGACGGAAAGGGUGAGGAGUGGAGGGGUGUGGGGGCAGCCGCAGCAGAGAGCGAGGAAUGUGCCAGAUGAUUUCAGCCACUUAACAGAAUUGAAAUACUUUAAGAUGGGAGAUCUCUAUCUUCCAAGUCAGCCUAGGAGACUCGAAGGGAUACUGGAGAACUUUGAGAGUGAGGAGCUUGAGAAGCAAGAUUUCCAGGACUUGGAGAACGAAGAAAGCAAAGAUCUACUCCAGAACUUCCAGAUCAGAAACCAGGAACCGAAAGCGCUUGGGAACUUUAAGAACACUGUAAUCGAGAACUAUGGUGAUACUCAUGCAGGGCAGAUAGUGUCAGACAGGGUCUGCAAUUCAAACAAGUUAGAGACUGUAGAUGAUACAUUCAGAAGGAGCACGCCCCUCCAGGGGCUGCUGAAUCGAGAGUCGAAGAAUCUUAUAGAUCCUGCUUGGAACGUGCAUGAGAAUUUCGAGAACAAGGGUUCUAAGUUCUGUGAGGACAUGAUCCCAGAGGAAAAUAAAAACACCUCAAUGGUCAACUUUGUCACCAAAAGUCCUGAUCCAAAAAUGGAUAUCAGGGAUUCUAGAGUGUUGGACAUCCGAGGUUCUAGAGUCUUGGACAGCAGAGGUUCUAGAGGGUUGGACAGUAGAGGUUCUAGACUAUUGGAAGGUUACGGACAAAAACAACUUGAAGAUGUUGAGCCAUCUAGAGAUGUCAGGAACACGGAUCCUGCAUUUCAAGACAGAACAGAUUUCAGACAGGACUCGGAUAUCAGAAUACCAAAACACAGAUUGCUCCAGAACUGCAGCAGUGGGUAUUCUAACAAUAGCACCAAUUCCGAGACUUCAGAAGAGACUAAAUACCUAGAGCAUAGCCCCUUCUGGAACUUCGAGAGCAAAAGUCUAGAAAUCAGCUCAUUUCAGAAUGUUGGUGAAAGUGAAAUGAAGGAUCCUCAAGAUCAGAGCUUACUCGAAAACAGAGAUCCAGAACGAGAUUCACUCGAGAACUUCGAAAACCUGGAGAUUUUGUGUUUGGAGCAGAAUUCUCUUGAAAACUUAGAAAUUAUCUCUGGGAUGAAAGAUCCUAAAUUCAAGCUUAGCGAUUCCAGUGGCUCGGAGAUGAGGGGUCUAGAACAGAACUUAUUUGAGGGCUAUGAGAAAUCACACAUGAAAGAAACAGAGCUCUUUGAGAAAGGGGGACAUAAUGCCUUCCAAAUCUCCAGAGAUCCAGAACACGAGCGCAGAAACAUUGAAGAGAACCGGCCUGAAAAUACUCAGAACUUACAAACGUGUGAGUCCACCAUUCAGAACACAAAGACCACGGGGGAAAGUUCACCGCCAAGCUCUGAGCUGACCAGAGUGGACGGCAAGAGAGGCCGGCCAGUAUCAGACCAGGGGUCGUUGUCCAAAAAACAGGCCAAAAAUGGACUAAUGAUGCAGGUGUGCGAGGAAAGGCUGCAGUUCUCGUUGAGAGAGAAUGUGAACCGCAAUGUCCUGUCGGGUGGAUGCAUGACAGAGAGGGUUGAACUGCGACCCUGGGGUCAUCCAGGCUCAGUGCCCGCCCUGCCAGCCAAGGAGAGGGCGAGCGAGAAGGAGGGAGAACUGCACGCCAGCCUGAGAAGUCAGAGUAGUGAUUGGUUCGAACCCACAGCCAAUGACAUUGCAGAAGAAGACCAUAGAGCAAGCCGUGGUGAUGAGACAGAGAGAGCACCUGAAGCGAAGGAGGCGUGGACGUUGGAGGAGCCACCAGCUGAUGACAUCAUCAAUGGGCCGCCGAAGCUCCUGAUUGGCCCAGACCCUGAGACCACACCUCCUCAACCCCAGCACAUCCAAUCCAUGAAAGCGAAGCUGGCCCGUCUCUCGCUCUCCCUCCCCCCGCUCACCCUCGACCUCUCCCUCACCACCGGCCCCAAGUCCUUGUGGGAGAGGGAGCAGGACGAGGAGGAGGGGCCUGGGCGCGGGGCGGGAAGUGACCCGGAGGACGAGGAGGGCGAAGGGGCGGGGCCUGUGAUCAUCGUCACGGAGACGGAGACGGACAGGCGCCACAGCCUGCGCAGCCUGUUGAAGUCUCCUCGCUCGCUCGAGGAGCAUGCUGAGAGGGAGCGGGAGAGGGAGAGGAGGCGCAACGUGUCAUUCUUCGACGAUGUCACCGUCUAUCUCUUCGACCAGGAAAUCCCCACCAAUGAGCUCAGUUCUGGCUCCGCCCCGACAAGCCCCUCCCCUUCCUAUGACGCAACAGGAGAGUCGGGCUCCAGCGCCUUCCUGGAUGACGGAUUGGGUGGCAGCAGCCUGCAGUGGGAGGAUGAGUUCCCAGUGACCGAGGAGGCGGAGCCUGAUCUGAUCACAUCAUCCCGCUUCACUGUCAUCCCAGCUGAGGACCCCCCCGCUUCGAACGAAGCGGGGCAACUGAACUGAACCGGCCUCGACCUGCAGGUCACCCUGGAGCUGGUUCCUCCUCCUGAUUGUGGUUCUCCAGGCUUGUCUCAAAUUCUUUCAGAGAUUGUAAAGCAGUGUUGCUCCUCUGUCCGCACUCCCAACCUGUUCUUCACACGUAUGUCAAUUUUAAAACACUUGGUACAAAACUAGGGGAAAGAACCAGUUGACAGCCAGAGGUCACUUAACCUCAGUGUCUUUUGGGAUCUUACUGGCAGCAAGGCAUGUCAGUCAAUAGGGGAAGCUGCUGAUACUGACCGCAAAGGAGGCCCUGAAUGGGCGGGGACAAUUUCACCCUCCAGCUGAAGCACGACUCUAACUGAAAGCAAGGCCUACAAACAGAGAUUCCUUUAACCCAGCGCAGCACCAGAUAUCAUGGGUUAAAGUGAAGUUACAGACUUGUAUUGCGUCAAGACUUGUAUAUAGGAUACCACUGCAUUCGAGAGAGGACUGAGAGAUGAAAGAACUCUGUUUAAUUGAGCAGGAGAAGCUGUUUGCUAAAUAACCUGGUAAUCUUAAAUAGAUCAUCGUCCUCACUCGAAAUUCACCCCGAAAGCAGCUUCGAGGAUCAUCUGAACCUCUUGCCGUUGCCCAUACUGUGUUGCUUACAGUCAUUCUAAAUGUGUGUCCUGUUGCCACAAUACUGAGAAUCUAUAUUCAUCCUUUUGCUCGAAAUCUACCUUUCAGCUUGCCUGGAGAAUCCUAAAGGCCAACUGACCAGCCUUCCCGGUCCAUUCGCAUGAUGACCUUUCAGUUAGCCCCGCCCACUCUAGAUAUUCCUAGACCAGGGAUAGGCAGCCUUGCCUCUUCCAGUCCAUUCCACUUCAGGACUUCAGACCUUUAACCCUUCGCAGAGUAAAACAGGUUUAAAAGGCAUCGAAUCGCAAAAGGACACUCAGCACUGCAUCUCCAGCCAAGCCCCACCCC